AUGACAGAGCCAGAAAACGUCACUCUAAGGUUCGACUCCAAUGUCUACGGCACUGCCGAAGACCCCUUCAUGCAAGAUGAAGAAAAGAUCCCCAUUGCCGAGUUGAUCCCCAGGAUAUUACUAGAAAGACAGUCUUUCCUCAACAUCACUGAAGAACAGCUAGAGGAGGAGAUUGUCAAUAAGAAUGGCACUCCAGAAACCAAAGAAGAGGUCCAGGAGGUUGUUGAAACCGAAGAAGAUACAGAGACGGUGUCACAGCUUUUCCAGAAACAAAAGUAUGAGCUUUUGGGCCAUAUCAACUUUGCCAUGAACGAAACAUCACUUUCACUUGACUUCAUUUCGCUUCUUAUGUCUGCGGUGAAACCAAACAUUACGAAAUCCACCAUUUCUCCACAUCUAAGUAAGAUUGCUCCUUUGGGAUCGUUGAAUUCAGACAGAUUGAACCAGGACGCUGAUGCCCAGGAACAAGAGAAGAACGAAAAACAAGCCAAAAGAUCCAAGGCUGAGAAUAUCGGUCUUGGCUGGAAAUACCAGUCUUUGAACCAUAUCAAGACGUUGUUUCAGUCGGCUGGAGAGCUGUUGCGUCAACAGGUGGAUAUCGAAAAGACGUAUUGGAAUAUGAUAAAUGAGGUGUUGAGCCACGACGAGGUUCUCUUUAGAGUGAGAGAUCCACUUACGGGAUCGCGUGCAAUUGGUGUGAAAUAUGGGUACGGUGACUCUGGACUGAGUUAUUUUGACCAGGGUUUGGCUGUUCUUCGAAAGGACGAUCAGACUGGUGAUCUCAGCUUUAGUCCUAUCAUGACAGGCAACCAUAAGCUCAGCAUCAAGUCCAACAAGUACACGCGAGUGAAGAUUCUCAGCAAGUUUGAUGACGAUUAUAUGUUGACUGGCCAAUCCGUCUUUGAAAAGAGUGUUUUGGAGGAUAAGAGCCCGUUUAGGGUCAUCAACGACAUUGAAAAAGCCAGGUACUUUCUCUUUGAAGACGAUCUCUUGUACCAUCUAAUAAGAGAAGCAAAGUAUCUUAUAAACUAUAACGUGUCGAUCAUUUCGAACAAGAUCGUUAUUGAGAUCCAUGAUCUGGUGAUCGAAAUAGAGUCUGUGAUCUUUGACGAGAAUAACGAGGAGGAACUCGAGAAUGCCUAUCAAAACAUCAACAAAGAGUCUUCCAAGAACAACGAAAAGGCUCAGGCUAUCUUGACAUUCCUUAAGCUCAUGUUGUGCUGCUACUACAAGUAUAAUCUCGAAUUGAAGCAAAAGAUCCCAACGUCUUUUACCAAAUGGAAACAGAACAACUCGCAUCCUUUGAUUCUUCGGCCGCUAAUUGGACAUAUCAGGCACGAAAUCAAUGUCAGGAACAUGCAUACCAUCAUCAACAAAAUCUACAAAAAGCUCGAUCCAGAGGAGUUCACCUAUGAGAUCAUUGAAGAUAAGUACCUCAACCUCAAGAAGACCGGUACUAUCAAGAAUCCGUUCCAGAAAGCAGUUGAAAAGCCUCUUUCGAAAUUCAAAAUCAUUCUACAAAAACUUAAAACCAAAGAGCAUCUCUUGGUUGAGCUUGACGUGACAGCAGGAGAUAUUUUCGUGAAUUUGGUCAUGAACUUGACCGUGUCUAAAUACGCGAACAUUGAUGACCUUCAGUUGAACCAACAGGGAGAGUUUGAACUGGACUGUGCUUAA